AUGCAGGCAGAUGUCGGCCCUCGAAUCGCCGUGGUUGGGACUGGCAUGGCCGCCGUGAUGUGCGCCAAAACUCUUGCACACAUGGCGCAAAGUGACGUCGGCAGUGCCAGCAGUCUUCGCAAUGCUCGCAUCACACUGUGCACUAGCAGAGGUAAGCUUGCCACGCAGACGGGGCCAAAGAAUGGGAGCAUCCCACAGGCUGGUAAGCCCUUCUUUGAUUACGGGUGCCAGUAUUUCACCGCAACCGACCAGUGGUUCCAAGAGCAAGUCGGACGCUGGGAGAAGGCAGGAUUUGUGACGGCAUUGGCUGGUAAUCAAAUUGGGAUGCUUUCUGAGGCAAAUGGUUUCAAGCCUGUCCUUGGAGGAAAGUGUUGGGUAGGGAAUGGUGGCAUGGGCCCGAUGCUGGCGAAAGUCAUCGAGGACAUCAAGCAGGAGUUUCCCGGCAUCGUUGAGCAUGUUGCUGGAUUCCCAGAGUCGAGCAUGGCCGUGAAGAGCUUGUCGAAAACGUCGAAUACGUGGAGGUUGGGCACCCUUGGGGGGAAACAGUUAGGGCCGUUCGACUUCGUGAUCGGCGGCUUCGCCCAGCACGUCCUCACUGACCCGUUUCUCUUAAGUGGCGGGCAGGUUUGCCAGAAGAUGUUGCAGUGUCUGAGGCGUGUUGAGUCGAAUCAGCUGAUUCCGAUUCAGGUGUGCUUUGAGGGCGAUCCUCUCCCAGCGGCCUUCACGGCUGCGCAUGUGUACGGGGAGGAUUGUUUGAGUUUUGUUUGCAAUAAUUCCAGGAAGCCUCAGCAGAGCGGAAAAGACGGAACCCCUGGCCCACAGCAUUGGACAUUGCUCAGUACUGCAAAGUUUGCCGAGACUGAGUUCAACACCAAUCCAAAGGGUUACAAGCGCUCGGCACAGGACGGGAUGUUGGGAGCUCUGUCACGAGUGCUUGGCGUUACAGACUUGGCGAAGCACAGACCCGUGAUCAAUCGCAUCAACCAUUGGGAAGAUGGUUUAGCAACAAAUGCUCCUCCCGAUUCGAAAGGAUGUCUGUUCGAUGUGGAGGCUGGGCUGGGAUGGUGCGGAGACUUCUGCGUGUCUCCAGGGAUUCAGGGCGCCGCCUUGUCAGGGCGUGCGAUGGCCACAACCCUCAGCAGCUACAUUGGGGCCCAGUCUGGCUUCGACGAUUCUGGCAUGCUCCCUUUCGAUGAACCGUGGCGGUCUGUCCAACGUACGGAGAGCUCGAUCUUACUGGACAUCGGCGCUUUUCCCAGCGAGCUGGGUCUGACAGAAAACUGGACUCACACAGAUCUUGUACCAUCUGCUGCCGAUGGCUACAAGCCAGAGGGGCACACUGGUGCCGCAGGGGCCAGAAUCAGCAACGACACAGUCUCCGGCAAGGGCAACAAGGGCAAAGGAGAUGGCAAAGGCAAGAAAGGCUACAAGAGCGCGGUUGGAAGCAAAGGCAAAGGAAAAUCCUAUUGA